GACUCAAGCGAGGAUCCAGCUAUGUCACAGCACCUAACACUCCUGCUACAGUGCCCUCUUGUAAUUGCCGCCAUCUUUAUACUUGGCAUUGGCGGGACAUUUCAGUAUGGAUUUGCCAUAUCGAUGGUGACAUCCCCAUCUGCUUACAUCAAGGAGCUAGUGAACCAAACAGGCAUAGAGAGAUAUGAUGUCUACAUGAAGCAGUGGGAGGUCUCUCUCAUCUGGUCCUUCAUUGUGUCCAUUUUUUCCAUCGGAGGGUUAGUGGGUUCCCUCCUGGCACCUCCGAUCUUCACAAGAUUUGGAAGAAGAAAGUGUCUUCUGCUCAACAAUUUUGUGUCUAUAAUGGGAGCCGUGCUAAUGGUUUGGAGCCGAAAAGCUGUGUCCUUUGAGAUGAUCAUGGUGGGGAGGUUUCUUUAUGGCGUCAAUUCAGGAGUUGGUCUCUCGGCUCAAACCGUGUACCUCGUUGAAUGUGCACCGAAGAUGCUCCGAGAAGUGGUUGGCGUCACCAUCGCCACCUUCGUUGCUGCAGGAAAGGUCACUGGUCAGCUGUUGGGGAUCAGAGAGCUACUCGGCACUAAGGACAGAUGGCCGUGGCUGCUGAGUUUCAAUGCCAUUAUGGCGUUUUUUCAACUCCUCACACUCCCCUUCCUGCCUGAGUCGCCUAAGUUCCUACUACUGGAUCGAGGAGACCAGGAGGCAUGUGAGAAAGCUCUGAGGAGGCUGUGGGGGAAUAAGGACCACAGCACAGAGAUGGAGGAGAUGCUGGAGGAGAAAGCAGCCCUCCAGAACAUCAAAGCCCACUCAGUGAUGGACCUCUUUCGGGAUAAAACUGUCCGCUGGCAGCUGAUAACCAUCAUGGUUUGCUUUGGCUUGCUACAGCUUUGUGGCAUCAAUGCAGUGUACUUCUACUCCUACGAGGUGUUCCGAGCAGCAGGACUCCAUGAGAAACAGUUGCCGUAUGCCGUUUUGGGAACCGGGCUGUCUGAAACGGUCGGCUCCCUAGCAUGUUUUGUGAUUGUCGGGAGUGUCGGUAAGAAAGUCCUCUUCUGCAGAGGAUGCCUGACCAUGUCUGCUAUACUGCUCUUCCUCACCAUCUCUCUUUAUCUGCAGCCUCACGUGACGUGGAUGUCGUACUGCAGCAUGGUCCUCCUUUUCCUCUACAUUUUCAUAUUUUCCAUCGGACCGGGAGGAACAACCGUUCCUCUUCCAGGUCUAAUUUUCACCCAGGCUUUUAAAUCGGCUGCAUACUCUGUUGCCUGCUCUGUCAACUGGAUCAGCAUGUUCAUAGUGGGGAUGAUCUUCCCUAUUCUAGUGGAGCAUCUGCAUUCCUUCUGUUUUCUCAUAUUCCUAAUCAACUGCCUCGCUGGUGGCCUGUACAUGCACUUCAACGUUCCAGAGACCAACAAUAAGACACCUCUGGAAAUCACAGCAGACUUCCAGAAGAUGCACAGCAAGCCUGGAAGGUCACAGGGGAAACCUCCUGAUGUCACUAAAACAUACGAGACCAAAUUUUAA